UCCCCUUCCCCUGCAGUUGCCCCGCGCCGAACAGUUGAACUUCCCGUCCCAGCCUGCGCCGGGUUCCUGUUCAGUGCCCGGCAGCAUCCAACGCCCGCCCGACGUUCCUCGUUUUUGCACAGCCGGGGCUUUCCCAACGGGGCAGAAUUCCUCACAGUGCAACACCCCCCCACCGCCUGUCACUCCCUCCUCCGCACACACUGUUCCUCUGUGGGGCACGAACCCCUUGGGAUGCUUGUUCGGCUCAAACAUCAUGUUCCCGGUCGCCCCAUUGUCCCCACCAGGCUGCUGGGCCUCCCGUUAAUGCUGGUGGGGUGACAGCGGGGAGGGGGCAACUGGGGUCCCCCUCCCGGACUCUGGCAGGGAGAGGAGGGGCCCAUGUGAACCUGGCUGUCUGGAGGGGUCGUUUCUGGGAGAUGAUUUCCAUUGCAGAUGUCACAGGGCAAAGCCCCCCCGGCCGGGUCAGAGCCAACGUCCUGAUGGCUCCUGGGAAAGUGGGGGCAGUUCACCCCCCAAUUGAAGCGAGGGAUUCAGAACCCCAAGGGAAGGAGAUGGGAUCAUAACCUGUGGGGCAGUGACCCCCCCAAAGGACAUGGGCAAGGGGAGAGAGGGGCCUGGAUCCCCUCCUCUGAGAGGGGCAGAGAUGGGGUUGUGAUCCCAAGAGGAUGGGGGAACUGUGACCGCUCGGGUGGGGGGAGGGGAAACAAGGAGAUGACACCGUGGGGAGAAGCGGGACUGUGCCCCACUGAGAAGGGGGAAGAUGGGCCCGUGACCCCCAAGAUGUGGGGGGCCCAGAAGAUGAGGUAUUGGCUCCUGGGGGAAGGGAAGGAGGGGGCCCAGGAAAGUACACAAUGGGGCUAUGACCCCAUGGGGGGCAGGGAGGUGGGGAGACAGGUUCAUGCUUGGAGGCCCCCCCCCCCCAGGACUCAACACCCCCAGCCGCAGGAAAGGAAGCAGAAGCAGAAGUGGGGACCUCAUGGGGGGGCUUGUGCAAUGGCUCCCCCCUCUGCCAGGCAGCCAUAGCCCCGCCCUGCUUCCUCCCAGCCGACGUGGCAUGAGGAACCCCCCCACCAAACCCCACACUGCGCAGGCUGCAACUGGAUACCCGGAGCCGCUGGGUGACAGGGGAUGGGGCCACUCCCUGCGAGCCGGAACUGGCCCGGCCCAGAUAGCGCAUGGAUGGGUCUAAUCCUGGCAGCCUCCCUCUUGAACUCCUGCCUCCAGCUGGCACAAGCCUGGGACGGCGUCACCAUCAGGCAGAAGCCGGCGGCCCUUGACGUGGGGGGAGGACAUGACCCUGGUCGUGCUGGGCAUCCCCCAGAACCUCCUGGUCUGCAGCUGGUACCGAGGGGCAGAAGCCGGCAUCACCGCAAACUGGAUCCUGACCUAUGCCCCGUCCUCCACCCCCCAGAAGUUCUACGGCCCAGCACACACGGAGCGGGAGACGGUGGGACCCGACUGCUCCCUGCACAUCACAGGGCUCAGGAAGACUGACGUCGGCAGCUACACCCUGACUGUACAGGGGCCCGGGUACAACCAGGCCAUCUCCAUGAGCGUCUCCUUGUCCGUCCGACCGUUGUCCGGGUUCCUGGCUCUCAUUGUGGGCGUGCCGUUGGCAGUUCUGGUGUGUGUGGCCCUGGUGACUUUUAUCCUGUGUAAGAGACGUCGUGGCUCAGGUGCCAGCACCCUGAUUGAGUCCCCCGGGGAGAGAACAGGGAUUGUUCCACAGUAGAAGAACCUGCCUCUCGGGCAGGGCCAGCUGCGAGUGGCAGGAACUCAGCCUGCCUGAGCUCUGCCCGUGCCUCUUACUCCCAACCCACAGCUGUUUCGGAGAGGCGGAAAAAGCCACUUUUCACAAACAAUAAAUAGCCAGUGCAAAUCUC